AUGAUUGAAACUCCCGGAUCUCGAGUGACACAGCGGGAGCAGGGAGAGAGUGGACUGUUUGGUAGAUUGUCCUCUAUAUUGGGGGAUAACAUGACAAUUGUGAGACAGUUUUGUAGAGCUGUAAAGAAAUGUGCGCAUUUGGAGUCAAGGAAGUGGUUCCUUCUUCAAUGCAGAAGACAGGGAAUUUUCCCACGACACAUCACAGAAAAUGUCGAAUGUGUAGUGAACCUCAUUACCCUUGACUCUCCAUUCAAUGGUAAGGCAAAGAGGUUGAUGGAUGAUUUUAAAGCAAGAAUUCUCAAACUUGAGAUCGGUAUUACACACUGGAGGUUGAAGAAAAUGGAAAGGGAGAUAAACAGUAAAAAGAGGGGUAUCCAGGAAUGUCUGCACUACAGCAAUGAUUGCAGGCUUUUCUUUAUGGAUCAGGAGCAUGCAUAUGAGAGAAUCCUGGCCGAAAAGUUAGCAGUGGUGGGCAGGAAAUUGGUGGCUUGCCGACAGAGGGGAGAUGGAGCAGUGGACUUUGCCGAACAUCAGGAAUUCCUGGUGAAUGUUAGUGAUGUUGAGAUCCCAGCGGGUGUAACAAAACUCCUCUCCCUGGGGCCAAAAUUUGCUCUCCCUACAGGACGGCUGCCGAUAUUUCACAUGCUGGCGGAAACUGAGGUAGUGGUAAGGAAUGUAGAGGAUCAGACAGAGAAAGACAGAUUGAGAUCACGAUUGGUGAAUACGCUACAAAAUUGCUCUAGGGGAUCCAGGUCUCUUCUGCCACAGGAGAGGCUCAUCCAAACACUGGAGAGGGAGACGUCCGAAUUUCUGAAAGAAAAGGGUCAGGAAAUUGUGAUCAUCAAUUCAGAUAAGGGUAAUAAGACCACGAUUUUAAACAGGAGGGAUUACGAUAGCAAAAUGGAAGAAUUGGUGAAUGAUGAGACUACGUACAAACUAAUUACUAAAGAUCCUACGCACAAGUUUCAAACAAAGAACAAUGAACUUGCGCGAGGUCUGUAUGAAAAGGGAAGAAUUGAUAUGCUCCAGAAAUAUAAACUUACUACUUAUAAUGCUGUCGCCCCCAGGAUUUAUGGCUUACCAAAAAUUCAUAAGCCUGGAGUCCCCCUUCGUCCGGUAGUCUCGUUUGUGGCAAGCCCUACAUACAACAUGGCAAAAUUUGUGGCAUAUCAGUUGUCUCCGCUGGCCAAUAACCCCAUUAAUGUUAGAAAUUCGGAAGAACUAGCCAGGUUUGUGACGGAGCAACGUCUUCCGGAAAACCACAUUCUCAUCAGCUUGGAUGUGGUGGCACUCUUCACAAACGUGCCCAUUGACCUUGUACUUCAGGAGAUCCGCAGAAGAUACAGUGAGAUUGAGUCACAUACAACACUGGAUAGUGAGGAACUUGUGAAGUUAACAGAAUUUUGUCUCACAUCAGGAUAUUUCUCAUACAAGGAAAAGAUAUAUGUACAAUUGGAUGGAGUGGCCAUGGGCUCGCCGAUCAGUCCCAUUGUGGCAGAUGUGGUAAUGCAAAGGGCUUUGGAAGUGAUUAUGGAGAACAGCCCCUUGAGAAUUGUGUUUGUGAAGAAAUAUGUAGAUGAUUUACUACUGGCAAUUCACGCAGAAGACAGACGAGGAUGGCCACAUAAAGACCAGUUGGUAUUCGAAACCGUGCUCAUCGCAGAGGAUGCUCAAUUUCCACAGUCUACACCCAACUAA